GUACAAUAUGGUGUUUACACCGUUUACCGGAGUUGAUAACCAUAAAAAAUGUGUUACUUUUGGAGCUGGUUUGUUGCUUAAAGAGGAUGUGGAGUCUUACGUUUGGGUGUUUCAUUGUUUUCUCGAUGUCGUGGGUCGUGAGCCAAGUUGCAUCAUCACGGACCAAGACCCGUCUAUGCGGAUUGCAAUUGAAAAGGACGUCAAGCAAGAGAAGAUCCCGGAUAGGUAUGUUUGCAAUCGUUGGUGCAGGAUUGCUCUUGUUCAACCAAUGUAUGAGCUUGACGGGGGUUUGAUCGAGCAAUGUGUUGAGACUGAUGAAAAGAACAUGUCCAUGAAUCAACUUUGCUCUGAGAUUUACUCGUGUAUUUCUAUAGUCGAAGAUCAGCCAGUCCUUCUUCAACAAUUCGUGGGUUUACUAAAACAACAUAAAGAAAUGCUACAGUCUUCUUUCCCAAUGAAUAAUGUCAUUCCC